UUUCUUCUUUUCUCCUCCUCUUUCUUCUCUCGACGCGCAACAGGAAUCGCUUCUCCUUCCUUUCCUUCGAAUUAGGGUUUUCUCUGGUUUCUUUUUUCCCCCUUUUGACAUUUCUUGAAACCAGAGAAAACCUAGGAUUCGCCCUCUCUUCCGCUCGAACGAUCGAUUUCUAAUCUCCCAGUUGAUCUCGGAUCUGUUGCCAAGAUGGGAGCUUUUUUGUCGAGGUUUUGGUUUAUGUUGUUCCCCGCAAAAGAGUAUAAGAUCGUGGUCGUUGGAUAGGUCGUGACCACGAAUCCUACUGUUGGGAGCAACGUUGAGGAGCUCGUUUAUAAGAAUAUUCGAUUUGAGGUGUGGGAUUUAGGUGGACAAGACCGACUAAGAACUUCAUGGGCAACCUACUACCGAGGAACUCAUGCCGUCAUUGUCGUGAUAGACAGCACUGACCGAGCUCGGAUCUCCAUCAUGAAGGACGAGCUCUUCAGGCUGUUGCAACAUGGAGAUCUCGAGCAUUCGGUGGUGCUCGUCUUUGCCAACAAGCAGGAUCUCAAGGAUGCCAUGUCCCCAGCUGAGAUCACCGACGCCCUCUCCCUCCAUAGCAUCAAGAACCACGACUGGCACAUCCAAGCUUGCUCUGCUAUCAAGGGCGAAGGGCUGUACGAUGGCCUUGGAUGGAUAGCAGAAAAAGUUGGGGGCAAGCCAACGAGUUCGUAAUUUCGGGUUAGAUGGGGGGCUGUGACUUUGUACUGUUAGACGUUUGUAUUCCUCUCAAUACUGCAAAGCUAAAUUAUGUGUUUGUGCUUUUGAUAAGCCAGAAAAAAGAAAUCUGCAGAUGUUGCAUAAAUAGAAGCAUUCCUUUUGUGUUUUCCAUGAA